AUGCAGCUUUCUAAGACUGUAGCAAUUGUCGCCGCCUUGGCUUUCGGAGGCGCUGAGGCUCAUUUAGCUCCUUCAGAAACGACGCUUGUUACCUCUGUCGUGGCGGCCUCUACUGCAACAGACGCGACUGAGCAUGUCCCCCGUGCCAUCUGCAAUCAGAUUUUCCCGCAACCGAAAGCCUUCAAGUGCGAUGCGGAAGGAUACAUCACGAAUGACUCAGGAAAACUAGGCGAUGCAGUAUUCCAGCCUACAGUUGAAGCAUGCGCCGAUUAUUGCCUCUGGCUCGCGUCCUGCAACUCUUUCAUGUACAGAUGGGGUCAAUGCCAGCUCUACGGUGGAGAUUUCUCCUCACUCGGCUUUUUCUCACAGAGUUCGGGGGGUUCAUACUGGUAUCAGCUGGAAUGUUUCAACUGUUGA